AUCAAUAAUGAUUUUAAUAAUAAACUUAAUGAAGAAGUUAAUGCGGGGUUCAGCAAAAUUAACACUGAACUUAAUAGUAAACUUACCGCGGAAGCUGAAAAAAAUAAGGCAUGUGAUGAUGACUUCACUAGGGAGGCACAGAAAAUUUUUUUAAUGGUCAAUAACAUAACUACGAAAGUUAAUAAUAUCGAAGAAGCCUGCCAUAAUGAAUUUAGCAGAAUUAAUGUUGUUAUCGAAAAUCUCCAAAACGAAACAAAUCAACAUUACGCAGUAGUUCAAAGAUCCGAUUUUGACCAACAAAGUGUGUUCAAUGAAUCUGAAGUUAAUUCGACCAAUGAAUCUGAAACUAAUUCGCGAGACUCUUCAACUAAUUUGUCUCCAAGCUCUUCUUCUGGAAGUUCCAAUUUAUCUGGAAUUUUUGAUAUUACUGGAGACAUUAAAAUUCGCUUUAAACAACACUUUGAUCGACUUAUGAAGGUGAGGAAUUAUACUUUUGAUGAGAUGUGUUACUCGAUAGCGGUAGAUAUUCGUAGUCUUGGAGGGAGUAUUAAAAUCUCAACAGUGAAAAAUUUUUAUAGUGGUGUUGGUCGCAAUACAGUUGGUACUGUUAAUCAGAUAAACACAUGGGUAGCUAGUUUUAAUAAUAAUGCAGAGUAG